AUGUUUUCGAAAUCUCCAACACCCAUCAACCCACGCAGCUUGGCGCCCGCUGCCUCCCUCCAACCUCACCCGCCUUAUUCUUUUCAGCAUGCCUCCAUUGACCCAAUCACUUUGGUGAUCAACGAAUGUAUGGUGAUUUCGUCUGCUAUGCGCAAGAUGCAUAGAUGGCAUCAAACAGGUGUGGCUGCCAUUCUUGGUGGCGGAGAAUUGUUUGGAGAAGAGGACGGCUUGUCGAACUUGGGUCUUUCAUCGUCUCAUUUGGGGCUGGCAGUUUCUACUCCUCGAAUUUCAAACGGGGGCACGGCAAACCCAGCUGCCAGUUCGAACCCCUUGCACUCUAGUUUCUUGCAAUUACGUGCUAUUCUCACGGAGACUUCCGAUAUUAAUUCGGUGGACUCGCUAACGAUUCUUCAACCCUUCUUAUUGGCUGUGGAGUCGAGCUCUACGUCGGGAAACGUCACUGCGUUGGCGCUUAGUGCCAUCAACAAGUUCAUAGACUACGGCGUGAUCGGUUGGCAUUCGAAGAACAUUCAGAAUUCGCUCAUACAAAUUACAAGUUCUUUAACUCACUGCAGGCUCGAGGCAGCUGACCAGAACUCAGAUGAUUCUGUCCUUCUAAAGGUUUUACGAUUGUUGGAGUCAAUUGUCGAUUCUGCCUUCUCGAAAUUGCUUCCAAAUGCUGUGGUUUCCGAGGUGAUACAAACUUGCUUGUCUCUCGCUUGCAACAAGAAACGCUCAGAGGUUCUUCGAAGGGCCGCUGAGAUGGCCAUGGUGUCCAUGACCAUAAGGGUAUUCCUGCGUCUUCGUGAACUAACCCCAGAGAGAACUCACGUGGAGGAUAUUCCUCCUAGUAACUACGCCGAAAACCAAUUACCUGCUGACGUCAUAGGCGGAACAAACUCAUCUGCUAAUGACACGAGUGCUGUGGAUGAGUCUUCUCCAAAAGACACCGACUUGAAACCCCCGACAGUUGAUCUUGCCCCAAAAUCUCCGAAGAGAAAACCUUCCAUGACAGACGAAACGGAGCCUCAAUUCGAUAUCGCUUGCAUCAAUGAGUUCUUCGCAAUCUUGAUCUCAAUGAUCUCCCCCUCAAACCAAUACCAGCACAUGGAAAGCACUCGUGUGUUUGCUUUGCUGCUCAUAAACAUUGCUAUAGAAGUAUCGGGCUCCGAAAUCCCGAAACAUCCCUCAUUGAUGGGUCUCAUCGCUGACCCUGUUUCCAAGGACGUGCUACAAAUCAUUACGGUCACAGACUCUCCUCCUUUGUUAUCAGCUGCAUUGAGACUAUUCUCCACCAUGGCUAUUCUACUUGGCUCUCAUAUCAAAUCUCAAAUUGAAUUGACCUUCAAUUUGUUGUUUCACUCCAUCUUGCCUCGAGAAUCAUCCAAAGACAACACCAUCAAAGGGAACAAGAUGUCUAUCUCUACACGCAUUGCGUCAUCCAAGGAGGCUAUUGUCGAAUCCCUUUCCUUGCUUUGGAUCCGCUCGCCGCAAUUUUUCUCCCUGUUGUUCGUUGAUUUCGACUGUGACUUUGAGAGAUUUAACAUGGCCGCCGAUUUUGUCGCCUUCUUAUGCAAGCUAGCUCUUCCUGAAGCUGCAGUUAUAUCAACCGAUAACGUCCCACCCAUAUGCUUGGAAGGAAUUCUUUCGUUGAUUGCUGGCAUCAACGAUCGGAUAAAGACAUCAGGUGGUAAGAACACAGUGACAAGCCAUGGUCCUCAUCAGCUUCUACUUGACAAAGAGAAGAAGACUGCUUUCGUUCGCUGUACAGAGAUCUUCAACGACAGUCCAAAAAAGGGAGUGGCUGCUUUUGCAGAGAAAAAUUUCUUGAAAGAUCCCGAUGACACGAAGGAGCUUGCGUCCCUUCUAUUCCACAAGUCUGCUCGCCUCAAUAAGAAAAUCCUUGGUGAAUUCCUUGCCAAGCCUGCGAACGUAGAGCUUUUGCGUGAGUUCAUGAACCUCUUUGAGUUCGCUGGCUUGAGAGUUGACGAAGCUUUGCGACUUCUUCUUAAGUCAUUCCGUCUACCUGGUGAAUCGCAGCAAAUUGAGAGAAUUGUCGAGCUUUUUGCAGAGGCGUAUGUUGAAUGCCAAAAGUCAUUUUCACCCGAAGAUGUUAGCGAAGAAGAGAAGAGUGAACCAGUGAAUCCUGAUAGAGAUGCUGUAUUUGUCUUGUCUUACUCGAUUAUCAUGUUAAAUACAGAUUUGCAUAACCCUCAAGUGAAGAGACAAAUGGAUUUCGAUUCCUACAAAAGAAACUUGAAGGGUGUCAACAAUGGGAAGGACUUCCCUGAAUGGUAUCUCUCGAAAAUCUACAACUCAAUUCGUGACAGGGAAAUCAUCAUGCCGGAAGAACAUCAUGGUACCGACAAGUGGUUCGAUGAUGUGUGGCAUAACUUGAUAUCGUCGCAAACAAAUGUAAGUCAUGAAAGAGAUGUCUCGUUAGAAUCCAUUGACAUCAGCACAUUGGGCCAAUUCGACAGAGUUUUUUUCGAGGGUUCUGUGGAUAUCAUUAUAGAGACGCUAAUCAAAGUCUUUAAGGAGGCUUCAGACGACAACAUUAUCACAAAGCUAAUGUCUUCGAUCGACAAGUGUGCCAAUAUUUGCAUACACUAUAAUCUCACCAAGCAUGUGAACCACCUUAUUGAAGAAUUGACCUUAAUUACGCGUCUUACUGAGAAGGUUUACCCAGCACCACAUCCUGACGAAAAUAUUCGUCGCGACAUCCCAAUAACCCAAAUCACCAUCGAGAAAAAAGAAGGUGUUCUAAGCAUCAGUGAUAUGGCCGUGUAUUUCGGCCGUGACUUUAAAGCGCAGUUGGCCUCUGUUGUACUUUUUCGAUUGAUUAAAAAGUCAGACUGCAAGGUUAGUAAAUCGUGGGAUGGCGUCAUCAAGAUUAUCUUGACCCUUUUUGAAAACUGUUUGAUCAAUCCUAAUCUCUUCUGCGAGUUCCAGAAAAAGGUGAGCUUGCCUCCAUUGACAAAAGUCAAACCACGUUACAUCAUUCAAGGGGCAAAACCGCUCAACAACUCAGGCAUUUUGUCGACUUUCUCAUCGUUUUUGAAAGGUUAUUCUGAUGAGCCUCCAGAGCCUACGGAUCAAGAAAUCGAAUCAACUUUGUCCACAAUUGAUUGUGUGAGAUCCAUUAAUGUUCCUGGUAUCUUUGAUACCGUCUCUAAAGGUUCUCAAGAUGAACUUACAGAGUUUGUCGAGAUUCUUUUGAACAAUUUGCCAACUUACUCAGAGGAAAAGAAACGUUACUUUGAAUCCGAGGUACUAUUCUUGUUUGAGGUUGUUGUGUGCUUCUCCUUAAUUGUUAGUGAGUUUGCUGUGACUAACAAGCUCAUUUCGAAAUUGAAUGAGUACAUGAAGGCUCAUGUUUCCAAGAAAGGGUACAUGAGACUCGCGACGUAUCUCUUCUUGUUGGCAAGACAAAGCAACGUGAGUCAUGAGGUAGAGGCAGCACAAGCUCUUGAUCACAUCAAUACCUUCGAUAGAGAGAUUGUCACGAAACAUUGUGCGUCUCUUGUUAAAUCCUUGUUUUCACUUGUUGACCAGGAGUCGAAACUGAGAACUUUGAUACAAAGAGAGAGUUUUUGGGACUUUCUUAAGGUCGCUGCAUCUUCUCCAGGCUUCGCUGACGACGUGUUGGACUUUGUGGGAGCUAUUGUUCAAGAAUCUUCCGACGAGGUAUCAGACCAAAAUCACAUUUUGCUCCUAGGCUUGCUUGAUGAGGUCUCGUCACUUGGGGCAGCAGGUGCGCAGUGGGAACAGGCCAAAGAUCACGGCAGGCCAGUUGAGAAAAGUAAACUCGCUGAAGGAACUGAAGAGAGCAGCAAUGUCAGAAAGCUCAUCGUAAUUUCGAAGAGAUCAAUUGAUCACACUGGCCUAUUAGGAAGUUCUAGCAAGAAGCUCUCCUAUCCGCUCAUUCAGGCAUUGGCACACCAGUGCUUCAACCCAUGCAGAGAGGUGCGCUCGCACGCCAUAAAGGUUUUGCAAAACACCUUACUCUCCGGAAGCUUGAAUGAGAACUUCACAGCCUUGGGAAUAUAUGAGUAUGGUUUGUUUCCACUUCUUGCAGAGCUUGAGAAGGAGGAGGUGAUUCUCACUGAUAAGAAAGGUUUUCCGGAAACACAUUCGCAGAUUUUAAACUUGGUGAGCAAGGUAUUUCUUCACCAUCAUCAUGAGCUUAAGGAAGAGGAGAGAAAGACAGUGUGGCUAGGAAUUGUCAACCACUUUGUUAGAGUUAAUUUGAUGAACUCUGACCAAGAAAAGAGUUUCGUGAAGGAAUCCAGCAUGGAGGUGAUGAAGAACAUGAUCUUGGUCUUAAACAACGAGUUCCUUGUACAGGAAAACAAAGAACUUUGGACGGAAACAUGGAAGAAUCUCGAGCAGGUGUAUCCCGGGCUUGAAAAAGAACUUCCUGAAAAAUCAGCAGAAGUAUAA